AUGAUCCAGUGGGGAGUCAUAUUACUGAGUGUGACAUUAUCAUGGAGGCUACAAACAGCAUCAUCCCAAACCCAUGAAGUGGUGUGUCCUGGUACGCAGAACGGACUGAGCUCCACAGGUUCUCAGGAGAUUCAGUACAACCUAAUAAAGGACCGGUAUGAUGGCUGUGAGAUUGUCAUGGGAAACCUGGAGAUCACUCAGAUUGAGAGUUGCUGGGACUUCUCCUUCCUCAAGGCAAUCCGCGAGGUGACUGGCUAUGUCCUCAUUGCCAUGAACCACUUCCAGGAGAUUCCUCUGGGGCAACUACGGGUCAUCAGAGGAAACAGCCUUUAUGAGAGACGCUUUGCUCUCUCGGUCUUCUUCAACUACCCCAAGGUCGGAUCCAACGGCCUGCGGCAGCUGGGCCUCGCAAAUCUGACAGAGAUUCUGGAGGGAGGAGUGCAGAUUAUCAACAACAAGUACCUGAGUUAUGGCCCCUGGAUCUUCUGGCGAGAUAUCAUCAGGGACAAUAGUGCUCCAAUUGACAUCCAGUACAAUGGAGAGAGAGGCCCAUGCCACAAAUCUUGUGGAGAUUACUGCUGGGGGCCAAAUGAGGACCAAUGUCAGAUCUUGACUAAGACGGUGUGCGCUCCACAGUGUAAUGGUCGCUGUUUUGGGACCAGCCCCAGGGACUGCUGUCACAUAGAAUGUGCAGCGGGAUGUAAAGGCCCUCUGGAUGUGGAUUGUUUUGCAUGUCGUCAUUUCAACGACUCUGGAGCCUGUGUGCCCCAGUGUCCCCAGACUUUGAUUUAUAACAAGCAGACGUUUCAAAUGGAGACCAACCCUAAUGCCAAAUAUCAGUACGGAUCCAUCUGUGUCUCCCAGUGUCCCACACAUUUCGUGGUGGAUGGUAGCUCCUGUGUGAGCGUUUGUCCACCAGACAAGAUGGAGGUGGAGAGAGACAGCCAGAAGCAGUGUGAGCUCUGCAGUGGACUCUGCCCAAAAGUGUGUGAAGGCACUGGCGCUGAGCAUAGACAGACGGUGGACUCCAGCAACAUCGACAGCUUCAUCAACUGCACCAAGAUCCAGGGCAGCCUUGACUUCCUGGUCACUGGGAUUCUUGGAGAUGACUUUAAAAACAUCCCGCCCCUGGAUGCCAAAAAGCUGGAAGUGUUUCGCACCGUCAGAGAAAUAACAGAUAUCCUAAACAUCCAGUCGUGGCCCAAAGAACUGAAUGAUCUGUCUGUAUUUUCGAGUCUUACAACCAUUCAAGGGAGGUCUCUCUACAAGCGUUUUUCUCUGAUGGUGAUGCAUAUCCACACUCUUACCUCACUGGGCCUGCGCUCUCUCCGGGAGAUCAGUGAUGGCAGUGUGUACAUCAGUCAGAAUGCCGACCUCUGUUACCACCACACGGUAAACUGGUUGAAGUUGUUCAGGGGCGGCAGAAUUCAAAUCAACAUCUUCAAUAGCAACAGGCCGCUGGAGGAGUGUGUUGCAGAGGGCCAUGUGUGUGACCAGCUGUGUUCAGACUCAGGUUGCUGGGGCCCGGGGCCCGACCAGUGUCUCUCCUGUAGGAACUACAGCCGCGACGGCACAUGUGUGGGCAGCUGUAAUUUCCACACUGGAGCUCCAAGGGAAUUUGCAGGACCUGAUGGCGAGUGUGUUGCCUGUCAUCAAGAGUGCAAGCCUCAGACUGGGACCACCAGCUGUACUGCACCGGGUGCAAACAAGUGUAUUGCAUGCGCCAACCUUCGAGACGGUCCUUACUGCAUGUCCUCUUGUCCCACUGGGGUAAAUGAUGGACAGAGAGGACUGAUCUUCAAAUACCCCAACAGGGAAGGUCACUGUGAACCAUGUCACCUUAACUGCACACAGGGAUGCUCAGGCCCAGGAUUAAAUGAUUGUUUAGAGGCCGCUAGACUUGCAGUUAGCAGUGGUCAGAUCACAGGCAUAGCUUUAGGUGUACCGGCUGGCUUGAUAUUAUGCCUGGUGUUGUUUUUCCUGGGCGUGCUGUACCGCAGAGGCUUGGCCAUCCGCCGCAAGAGAGCCAUGAGGCGGUACCUGGAGAGCGGAGAGAGCUUUGAGCCACUUGGUCCCGGAGAGAAAGGCACCAAGGUUCAUGCCCGCAUCCUGAGGCCUUCAGAGCUGAAAAAAAUCAAAGCUCUUGGCUUGGGAGUUUUUGGCACAGUGCACAAGGGUGUUUGGACUCCGGAGAGAGAGACUGUGAAGAUCCCUGUGGCCAUUAAAACCAUUCAGGAUAGCUCAGGCCGACAGACCUUCACUGAGAUCACUGAUCAUAUGCUGUCCAUGGGCAGCCUGGACCAUCCCUACAUCGUUAGGCUGCUGGGCAUCUGUCCAGGUCCCAGUCUGCAACUGGUGACCCAGCUUAGUUCACAGGGCUCCUUACUGGAGCACAUCAGGCAUCACAAGAACAGCCUGGACCCCCAGCGCCUGCUCAACUGGUGUGUGCAGAUUGCGAAAGGUAUGUACUAUCUGGAGGAGCACUGCAUGGUCCAUAGGAACCUGGCUGCCCGUAACAUCCUACUAAAGAACGACUACCAGGUCCAGAUUUCUGACUACGGUGUCGCAGACCUCCUUUAUCCCGAUGACAAGAAAUACGUCUACACUGACACCAAGACACCAAUAAAAUGGAUGUCACUGGAAAGCAUCCUGUUUCGAAGAUACACCCAUCAAAGUGACGUUUGGAGUUAUGGGGUGACAGUGUGGGAGAUGAUGUCAUUCGGGGCAGAGCCGUAUGCAUCUGUGCAGCCGCAGGAGGUGCCGAGUCUGCUGGAGAAGGGCGAACGACUGUCACAGCCCCACAUCUGUACCAUAGACGUCUACAUGGUCAUGGUUAAAUGCUGGAUGAUUGAUGAAAAUAUAAGGCCGACCUUCAAAGAGCUGGCCAGUGACUUUACUCGCAUGGCAAGAGACCCACCCAGAUAUCUUGUCAUCAAGUCGGAGGGGGGAGAAGCCACCUCAGUCGAGAUCCAUCGAAGAGAAUCAGAGCGAGGGCUUCUGCAGGCAGAUUUGGAAGACCAACACGAGGAAGGACUGGAGGAUGGUUUUACUACUCCUCCUCUCCAACACUCUCCAUCUUGGAGUCUGUCUCGUUCACGGAUUAAUUCUUACAGGAGUGGUUCCUCUCAGGCUGGACCCAUUGGAUACCUGCCAAUGAACCCCAGCCCUGUGGACAGUAUCCGCCAGCUGUGGCUUCAGAGGUCUCGACUGAGCUCGGUGCGGACGCUGCCCGAGAGGUCAGAGUUGAGGGGGAGUGGCAGAGAGGCAGAGCUGCAUGAGGAGGGUUCACGGACUGGGAGUCUCCACAGGGCCAGGUUUGGCUCUGAGAGGGGUACUCCUCGUAUUUCCAUUAGCCGGCAAAGGAAGCUCUCAUCAGCAUCAAGUCCAUCCUCGUAUAAAGUGUGGACUGCAGAGGAAGAGGAGGAGGUGGACCACUAUGGCUAUGUCCUGGCUGGGUCACCUGUUACUCCACAGAGAGUCUGCGGCGUGUCUCAUUCUGGGCGAAGAAACUCAAGACUCAAGAAUAAUCUGUCUCUUGUGGUGAUAAAUCCCUCCCAGGAGUAUGAAAUCAUGAGCAAAAAGUCUGGUGCUCCUCUUUGCUCGAACAGCGGCGCCUUAUCACAGGCAGAUGCCACCACAGUGGCGGUUUGUUGUAAAACCUCACCCUCACCCUCACCAACCCUCAUGGCUCGUUUAUCUGUAGAGGACACAGCCCAUGUAGAAACUCUAACACCAAUAACAGCUGUAAGGAUUAAGCAAGAAGAUGAGGAUUGUGAAGGAGGCGUUGCAGAGCAAAGAGACUCCACAGAGAAACAUCAGCUCACUGGAGACUCUGAUAGUGGGAUCAGAGCUGUGGACGACCAAGGAGAGGCAGCUGAAGGGGUAGGCAGGUAUGAAUACAUGGAUAUCAGGCGAUCCAACUCUAUCGAGGGAGAGGAUCCAGCCGGGGAGAGAUGUGGGAGGCAAACAUCCUCAAAGAGUGCAACAAAAAUAGAGGAAACAGACCAAAUAAUGGAGGUGUUGAAAAAAGAGCUUGAAGAGAAAGAGGAAAAGAACCACAACAUAAAUAAACAACCUGCACUUCAGGGGAAUAUGAGCGGCAUAGUCAUGCCUAGGCCAGAUGUGCUCACAGCAGGGGGUGAAGCGGUGGAGGAGUACGAGGAGAUGACCAGAUUUGGAGUGUUGCCCAGUGGGUGGGAGCAGCCAGACUACCAGAACCUCCCAUUGAAGGGGAGGGCUGCUUCUGAGGAGAUGGGCGGUGACAGGUGUGCAGGGAUUGGGGGAUACAUCAAGGUGUUGGCUGGCAUGGGGGAGCCUGGCAACAACACAUCAUUUGACAACCCAGACUACUGGCACAGCAGACUGUUCCUCAAGCCAGAUGCUGUUCGCACCUAAUAAUGUGAACUGGGACCGAGACAUAG